AUGCCCAACUCCAAGGGUCAGGCAUCCCAUGCGUCUCUGCCAAGCCUGCCUCUGAAAAUACCAGAGGGAUUCAAGAGCAAAGUGUUGGCACCCAGGAAUCCCAAGCUAGUUAGAAGAGAGGAUAGGCCCAAAAAAGUGAGUACAUUCAUAUGGAAUGUAUGUUUUGAAUAUACACAUAACUGGCAGCUAUAUUUCAAGUAAAAACCAUGAAAUAAGUGCAGUUUGAUGUUUACCUAUUGAUGAACUAACUAAUGGAGAGAUGUUAUUGUGGGGGAAAUUAAGCAUAAUAUGUGUUUGAGUUGGCCUAUUCUAAAAGGGGAGAAUAUUAAGAUUCCAGGAAUGUGUCUGUGGCCAAGGAUGGACAUCUUUAAUGAUCACUCAUGCAUUCCGUACAAUUAUUUGAAUUCCCUUUCUCAAUGUAGCUGACACCGUCUGCUUUUGCACAAGAGAUGUCCCAAUCUACGGAGGAGCGGCUGGCAAAUACACAUGAGAUGCACCCGCCACGCAUUCUAGAGCUGAUAGACAUGAGUGAGACCACUCACCAGAAGGUAAAGUCUAUGCAAAUGCACUACAACAGGAUUUCCCAACUGGCGGCCUGUGGGCCGAGUUUGGCCCACGGGUGAUUUUAUUUGGCCCCCCAUGUUUUCAGAGCAAAAAUAAAUACAUUUCCAAAGUAUUCCCACGCAUAAUAGAAAGUUACAGUAUAAACUCAGCAAAAAAAGAAACGUCCCUUUUUCAGGACCCUGUUUUCCAAAGAUAAUUAGUAAAAAUCCAAAUAACUUCACAGAUCUUCAUUGUAAAGGGUUUAAACACUGUUUCCCAUGCUUGUUCAAUGAACCAUAAACAAUUAAUGAACAUGCAUCUGUUGAACGGUCAUUAAGACACUUAACAGCUUACAGACGGUAGGCAAUUAAGGUCACAGUUAUGAAAACGUAGGACACUAAAGAGGCCUUUCUACAGAAGAAAGAUGCCCAGCUCAUCUGCGUGAACGUGCCUUAGGCAUGCUGCAAGGAGGCAUGAGGACUGCAGAUAUGGCCAGGGCAAUAAAUUGCAAUGUCUGUACUGUGAGACGCCUAAGACAGCGCUACAGGGAGACAGGAUGGACAGCUGAUCGUCCUCGCAGUGGCAGACCACGUGUAACAACACCUGCACAGGAUCGGUACGUCCGAACAUCACACCUGCGGGACAGGAACAGGAUGGCAACAACAACUGCCCGAGUUACACCAGGAACGCACAAUCCCUCCAUCAGUGCUCAGACUGUCCACAAUAGGCUGAGAGAGGCUGGACUGAGGGCUUCUAGGCCUGUUGUAAGGCAGGUCCUCACCAGAAGUUUUUUUAAUUUAACCUUUAUUUAACCAGGUAAGCCAGUUGAGAACAAGUUCUCAUUUACAACUGUGACCUGGCCAAGAUAAAGCAAAGCAGUGCAAUAAAAAACAACAACACAGAGUUACAUAUGGAAUAAACAAAACGUACAGUCAAUAACACAAUAUAAAAUCUAUAUACAGUGUGUGCAAAUGUAGUAAGUUAUGGAGGUAAGGCAAUAAAUAGGCCAUAGUGCAAAAUAAUUACAGUUUAGUAUUAACACUGGAGUGAUAGAUGUGCAGAAGAUGAUGUUUUAAGCAUCAGUUGUCAGAGCACCUUACCGAUCACUGCACCUGUACACAGCCCAUCUGAAAUUAGCCCGCCCAACUACCUCAUCCCUAUAUUGUUAUUUAUUUUGCUAAUUUGUACCCCAGUAUCUCUAUUUGCACAUCAUCUCUUGCACAUCUAUCAUUCCAGUGUUAAUACUAAUUGUAAUUAUUUUGCACUAUAGCCUAUUUAUUGCCUUACCUCCAUAACUUGCUACAUUUGCACACACUGUAUAUAUAUUUUUCUGUUGUAUUUUUGACAUUAUGUUUUGUUUUACCCCAUAUGUAACUCUGUGUUGUUGUUUUUAUCGCACUGCUUUGCUUUAUCUUGGCCAGGUCGCAGUUGUAAAUGAGAACUUGUUCUCAACUGGCUUACCUGGUUAAAUAAAGGUUAAAUAAAAAUAAAAUAAAAAUGUGCAAAUAGAGAUACUGGGGUGCAAAUGAGCAAAAUAAAUAACAAUGUAAAUAACAAUAUGGGGAUGAGGUAGUUGGGUGGGCUAAUUACAGAUGGGCUCUGUACAGGUGCAGUGAUUGGUAAGCUGCUCUGACAACUGAUGCUUAAAGAUAGUGACGGAGAUAAGUGUCUCCAGCUUCAGAGAUUUUUGCAGUUCGUUCCAGUCAUUUGCAGCAGAGAACUGGAAGGAAUGGCGGCCAAAGGAGGUGUUGGCUUUGGGGAUGACCAGUGAGAUAUACCUGCUGGAACGCAUACUACGGGUUGGUGUUGCUAUGGUGACCAAUGAGCUAAAAUAAGGCAGGGAUUUGCCUAGAAGAGAUUUAUAGAUGACCUGGAGCCAGUGGGUUUGGCGACGAAUAUGUAGUGAGGGCCAGCCAACGAGAGCAUACAGGUCACAAUGGUGGGUAGUAUAUGGGGCUUUGGUGACAAAACGGAUGGCACUGUGAUAGACUACAUCCAAUUUGCUGAGUAGAGUGUUGGAAGCUAUUUUGUAAAUUACAUCGCCGAAGUCAAGGAUCGGUAGGAUAGUCCGUUUUACGAGGGCAUGUUUAGCAGCAUGAGUGAAGGAGGCUUUGUUGCGAAAUAGGAAGCCGAUUCUAGAUUUAACUUUGGAUUGGAGAUGCUUAAUGUGAGUCUGGAAGGAGAGUUUACGGUCUAACCAGACACCUAGGUAUUUGUAGUUGUCCACAUAUUCUAAGUCAGACCCGCCGAGAGUAGUGAUUCUAGUCGGGCGGGUGCAAGCAUCGUUCGAUUGAAGAGCAUGCAUUUAGUUUUACUAGCGUUUAAGAGGAUUUGGAGGCCACCGAAGGAGUGUUGUAUGGCAUUGAAGCUCGUUUGGAGGUUUGUUAACACAGUGUCCAAUGAAGGGCCAGAUUUAUACAAAAUGGUGUCGUCUGCGUAGAGGUGGAUCUGAGAGUCACCAGCAGCAAGAGCGACAUCAUUGAUAUACACAGAGAAAAGAGUCGGCCCGAAAAUUGAACCCUGUGGCACCCCCAUAGAGACUGCCAGAGGUCCAGACAACAGGCCCUCCGAUUUGAUACAUUGAACUCUAUCUGAGAAGUAGUUGGUGAACCAGGCGAGGCAGUCAUUUGAGAAACCAAGGCUAUUUAGUCUGCCAAUAAGAAUGCGGUGAUUGACAGGGUCAAAAGCCUUGGCCAGGUCGAUAAAGACGGCUGCACAGUACUGUCUUUUAUCGAUCGCGGUUAUUAUAUCGUUUAGGACCUUGAGCGUGGCUGAGGUGCACCCAUGACCAGCUCGGAAACCAGAUUGCAUAGCGGAGAAUGUACGGUGGGAUUUGAAAUGGUCGGUGAUCUGUUUGUUAACUUGGCUUUCAAAUACUUUCGAAAGGCAGGGCAGGAUGGAUAUAGGUCUGUAACAGUUUGGAUCUAGAGUGUCACGGCAGCUUUCCAAUCUCUGGGGAUCUCAGACGAUACGAAAGAGAGGUUGAACAGAAUAGUAAUAGGGGUUGCAACAAUUUCGGCGGCUAAUUUUAGAAAGAAAGGGUCCAGAUUGUCUAGCCCAGCUGAUUUGUAGGGGUCCAGAUUUUGCAGCUCUUUCAGGACAUCAGCUAUCUGAAUUUGGGUGAAGGAGAAGCGGGGGGGGGGGCAUGGGCAAGUUGCAGCGGAGGGUGCAGAGCUGGUGGCCGGGGUAGGGGUAGCCAGGUGGAAAGCAUGGCCAGCCAUGGCAAAAUGCUUCUUGAAAUUCUCGAUUAUCGUAGAUUUAUCGGUGGUGACAGUGUUUCCUAGCUUCAGUGCAGUGUGUAGCUGGGAGGAGGUGCUCUUAUUCUCCAUGGACUUUACAGUUUUUAACUGGUAAUGGCGAUGAAAGUUUGUGCUGAGGCUAAACAGAUAAACAGGAUAGGGUACCGUGUAAAGGAACAGUCCAGCAGGCAUCAGCUGAGUGAUCAUAAGGUCCAGUGAACAGCAAUAGCUAAGUCCGGGAGCAGUUUGUAGGCUGCUACAGCACAGGCGAGCAGGAGGCACGGCUGUUGAUUGCGCGUGCUAGCGGGCCGGGGCUAGAAGAUGGAUCUUCGUGGUCGUCGCAACGGGAAGCCUGUUGAAACCACAUCAGACGAUUACGUCGGCAGACCAGUCGUGAUGGAUCGGCGGGGCUCCGUGUCGACACUAGGAGGUCCCGUCCGGUUGACAGAGAGGUAGAUAGCUGGGAGAUGGGCCUGGCUCGAGGCUAGCUCAAGGCUAACUAGUGAAUCGGGACAGUGGUGAAUUAGCCAACAACAGCCAUUCGGUUGCAGCUAGCUUGUUGCGAUGAUCCGGUGUUAAGGUCCAGUGAUUCAGCUGUUGAGAAGCCUUUUGGACCUAGACAGUCUAUAACUAGGGUGGCUGGAGACUUUGACAAUUUUGAGGGCCUUCCUCUGACAAAUCGAUCCCGCUCCAGAGUACAGGCCUCUGUGUAACGCUCAUUCCUUCGACGAUAAAGUCACCGGCAACAACGUCGCCUAUGAGCACAAACCCACCGUCGCUGGACCAGACAGGACUGGCAAAAAGUGCUCUUCACUGACGAGUCGCGGUUUUGUCUCACCAAGGGUGAUGGUCAGAUUCGCGUUUAUCGUCGAAGGAAUGAGCCUUACACAGAGGCCUGUACUCUGGAGCGGGAUCGAUUUGUCAGAGGAAGGCCCUCAAAAUUGUCAAAAACUCCAGCCACCCUAGUCAUAGACUGUUCUCUCUGCUACCGCACGGCAAGCGGUACCGGAACGCCAAGUCUAGGUCCAAAAGGCUUCUCAACAGCUUCUACCCCCAAGCCAUAAGACUCCUGAACAGCUAAUCAUUGCUACCCAGACUAUUUGCCCUGCCACCCCCCACCCCCCUCUUUUACGCUGCUGCUUUUACGCUACGUUAUUAUUUAUGCAUAGUCACUUUAACUCUACCCACAUGUACAUAUUACCUCAAUUUCCUCGACUAGCCGGUGCCCCCGCACAUUGACUCUGCACCGUUUCCCCCCUGUAUAUAGCCUCCCUACUGUUAUUUUAUUUUACUGCUGCUCUUUAGUUAUUUUUGUAUUUUAUUUUUACUUAACACAAAAAAAAAGUAUUUCAAAAUGCUUUGCUGGUUAAGGGCUUGUAAGUAAGCAUUUCACUGUAAUGUCUACACCUGUUGUAUUCGGCGCAUGUGGCAAAUAAAAUUUGAUUUGAUUUGGAGGUGGAGGGUCCGUCAUGGUCUGGGGCGGUGUGUCACAGCAUCAUCGGACUGAGCUUGUUGUCAUUGCAGGCAAUCUCAACGCUGUGCGUUACAGGGAAGACAUCCUCCUCCCUCAUGUGGUACCCUUCAUGCAGGCUCAUCCUGACAUGACCCUCCAGCAUGACAAUGCCACCAGCCAUACUGCUCGUUCUGUGCGUGAUUUCCUGCAAGACAGGAAUGUCAGUGUUCUGCCAUGGCCAGCGAAGAGCCCGGAUCUCAAUCCCAUUGAGCAUGUCUGGGACCUGUUGGAUCGGAGGGUGAGGGCUAGGGCCAUUUCCCCCAGAAAUGUCCGGGAACUUGCAGGUGCCUUGGUGGAAGAGUGGGGUAACAUCUCACAGCAAGAACUGGCAAAUUUGGUGCAGUCCAUGAGGAGGAGAUGCACUGCAGUACUUAAUGCAGCUGGUGGCCACACCAGAUACUGACUGUUACUUUUGAUUUUGACCCCCCCUUUGUUCAGGGACACAUUAUUCAAUUUAUGUUAGUCACAUGUCUGUGGAACUUGUUCAGUUUAUGUCUCAGUUGUUGAAUCUUGCAAAUCGAUCCCGCUCCAGAGUACAGGCCUCUGUGUAAGGCUCAUUCCUUCGACGAUAAACGCGAAUCUGACCAUCACCCUCGUCAGUGAAGAGAAUCUUGCAGUACUUAAUGCAUCUGGUGGCCACACCAGAUACUGACUGUUACUUUUGAUUUUGACCCCCCCUUUGUUCAGGGACACAUUAUUCAAUUUCUGUUAGUCACAUGUCUGUGGAACUUGUUCAGUUUAUGUCUCAGUUGUUGAAUCUUGUUAUGUUCAUACAAAUAUUUACACAUAUUAAGUUUGCUGAAAAUAAACGCAGUUGACAGUGAAAGGACGUUUAUUUUUUUGCUGAGUUUAUGUGAUUGUAUACAAAUGGAAGCAAUGUUUGAAGUUAUUAUGUUUUAGUCUAAUAUUAUAUAUGUUUGGGCUCAGGGGUCACUUUAAUGCAGAAUUCAGAGUUUUUCACACAGAAAAAUAAAAAUGCGUAAGAAAUAUCUUGCUGUGUUUUGUAAAAUGCUUCUUAAUGUAAUUUCUGCUCGUCAACAGACCAACGUUAAUUUUGUGCUUCAGUAGCUGACUGAUGUGUAGCUACUUUUCUCCUGUACUUUUCAUGCAAGAUUAACUUCAAACAAAACAUUAGGAAAAUGUAGCUGGCUACAUUCUUUCUAAGAUAAACAUUAGAAAUAUGAUGGCCAUGCAUCGUUUUUGCAAAAACGAUCUUGCUUUUUCAUUUUAAGCUCAUUUACUUGUGUGGUUGCUAGCCAAAUAGCAUUGCACUUCUGUUAUCAUCUGAUGAAAAUGAAGCUGUUUUCUGAUGAAUGUGUUGCACUAAUGUAUUUUCUGUGAAGGAAAAAAACACUGUUGACUUUCAAUAUAAAACGCAGGUGAAAUGGUUUAAAACACAGAUUUCUUGAUGGUGUAUGUUUUGAAAAUGCUAAUUUCUGAACUCUAACCCGACCCCUGGGGCUUCUUGCGGUCAAUUUGCAGUCUACUAAUUAUUUGUAAUUAUGUUCUUGCCCUCUGACCAUCCGCUCAAGAAAAAAUCAGCCCACGGCUGAAUCUAGUCGAUGAUCCCUGCACUAUAAACUCAAAGUCAAGCUUUCUUUAUGAUCACUUAGGAUACAGUAUUACCACUUAGACAGGUUUUGUUGGAGAAUCAUUUAUUUGUAGAUAAUACUAAUAAUGCACAGGUCAACAACAACAACACAACUAAUCAGAUCCUAGGUCACCCUUCCCAACCUGAUUGAUGUUAAAACAUAAUAUUAUUGCUCAGCCUUUACACCAUCAAAAGGGCCCUGGUAGGGCUUUAUGUCACUUUGGUCCUCUGUAGCUCAACUGGUAGAGCACGGCGCUUGUAACGCCAAGGUAGUGGGUUCGAUCCCCGGGACCACCCAUACACAAAAAUGUAUGCACGCAUGACUGUAAGUCGCUUUGGAUAAAAGCGUCUGCUAAAUGGCAUAUUAUUAUUAUUACUUCAUCUUAUCCAUUAAACAUGCAUCUGUAAAUAGGACUGUGUAUCUACCCACUCUUCCUCCCUUGGAACAUAAACUGGAUUUAAUUUGAUUGAUUAUAGAGGCAAAUCAUUUCAUUUACUGUAGAAAUGUGAAAGAAUGACACAUUUUUCUCAUAUUAUAAAGCAUCUGCUCUCUGCACCUCUCUCUCUCUCUCUGCCCCUUUCUACCUCCAGCGUUUUCUUGCCUCUGUAAUACUAAUGUUAGCUAAUAUAAUUUUUUUCCAACCAGCUUGUCCUUAUUAAAUCAGAGCUCAUCUUCUGAAAUUGUAUACAAAAUUAAGUCAAAUAGGAUGAAGUUUUAGUGGUUAUAAGUCAGUUUAAAAUACAGAAUGCAUCAUCAUUAUGAGAUGAUGGUCAUUUUGACCUGUAAGCAGCCUUCCCUUAGUCAGCAUUGUCUUAUGAGACCUCCUACUGUAGUAGUAGAGGCCAUCUAAUGUGACUUAAACAAUUUUUACAAUUAUUAUGUUAUAUUAUUUUGUAGUAUGUGUGUUACUAAAGGCACAAUGUGGCUUGCUCAAAAAAGUAUGUUAUUGUUCCUACCCUAAGAAUCCUGUCUUUUUUACUUUUUCUCUGUGCUGUUCUCAGUUCUCUACCAUCGAUGUGGACCAGGCCAUGUUCCAGCCAUACCCCUCUGAGAUUGUGUUCCAGAAUUAUACGCCCUCAGAGACCUAUGAGAUUUCACUGAUUCUCCGUAACAUUGACAAGGUAGGACAAGGCGGGUUUGAGUACCAGGGAAGCGUGGAAGGUUGAUGUGGACAUUAGAUUGCCAAGACCUGGCUGAGCAAGCAGCCAUGUGGAGAGUGGGUAGUUCUGGAGAUGUGCUUUGUCCGUCUGACUUCCCAGUGAUAAUUGUACAGCAUAGGUUAUUAGGACACAAUGCCCACUGGUCAUUAGUUACAACCCCAUAUGUGCCACACCAAUACGUGAUUGGAUUCUCCAUUAAAAAGUGCUCCACUGCAAACACUCAAUAAACUGUAAUGAAUCAGAUGAAAGGGCUGAAUCAUGCACGUUUUUGACACAUGAAAAGGCAUAACAAUCUUUUUACAAUGCUACAAUGAUUGAUAUGCUUUUAACUUGCCUCUCAGUUAUGUUACCAUUGAUCAACGAUGAUGUUAUGUCUCUUCUUUCACAUGUUGAUAAUGCAUUGUGGAAGUCACAGACAUUGGGAGGUACAGUAAUAUUACUAUAUAAUGCAACAGUGAUUCUCAACUUAAUAGAAUAUCUGGACUUGCUCAGAUUAUGUGCAUUGUGCAUUAUUACCCUUUUUCUUAUAGGCUACAGUGCAUUCUCAAUAUUCUGCACACAAUAAUAUACCUCCCUUUCCCCUACGCUCAUCCUCUCAAAUACCCACUAUUCCUACCGGUAUCAUCCUUUCAGAACAGUGAAACUCAUUAGUAACUACAUUAUAAUGUGUUUUGUAAUUAGGGAUUUUUUAAAUAGUUUGAACAAAAAGCAUUGUGAUGAAAGGAUACUACAGUGUCAACUGAUUUGCUAGCCUACAACCAACAUACUGCGUUGGUGGAUUUUCUGCCUACCAUUUACCUUUUAGAGAUGGGGCUGGGGGUAGUAGUGAGAUAGUGUGGUAGAGAGACAAAUACUCUAAUAAAUAUGUAUAUGAAUUCCCUGGAAAAACAACCUCUUUAUUACAUUUAUUCAUGACCACAUUGAAGCUGUGCUGCAUACAGUAGUUGCAUUUAAAAUGCAAGGAGAAAAUAUAUGAAAGAUUUAGCUUCGUAGCCAAAUGUCUCACUUCCUCACUGCAGUCCCAUGUUGAUGGAGAAUUGAUAGGCCUAGAAUAAGUUAUUGGCAGUACAGUUCCUUUUAUUUUAUGGUCAUAUCAAUCCUGAAUCUCUAAAUACACUAUGUUGCAUGCCUGUCCAAACCCCAAACUCUUUUUAGCAUGUAUUGCAUUUGGCUUUAUUUCAUAUCAAACAGAAGCUAAACAAGUCAACUUUUACGUUGAUGCAUUUGGUGACAUACUGUUCUGUACCAGUGUUAAUUUCAUUAACAAUAACUAUGAUUAAAAAUAUUUGUCAACAACCUAUUUUUCCUGAUGAAAACUAAUGACGAUAACAAGAAGAGAUGCCAUCAAAAAAACGAUAUCCUUGUAGGAACAAAUUCGUUUUCAUUUUAGUUGACGAAAAUGUGACAAGGCGAGUAUUCCAAGAGACUAAUGGACGUUCAAUUUGACAUGAAGUUCCUUUUCAUCUGUUUUGUCCAAUCAUAAGCGUUCAUGCCUUUGCAGAAUAUUUAAUGCAAUCCUCUCAUUGGCAGAAUUAUCCGCUUUCAGUUAUGCGGUCUGAUUGAGCUGAUCUGCUCGGCUCCCCCACACAGCUCCCGGGUGGUCACUUCAGUCACUCAUAAGUCUUUUGAACUGAUGCAUAGCCAGUGAACCAGGAUACAUCAGUUGUAGCUAACCUCAACUAGAAACAGUAAUGUUUACUCUCUUACUUUCAUGUUGGCUAUUUUCGCUUUGAUCUCAUCACAAGCUCCAUUUUCCCAUGUGUGCUGUUAUUCAUCUGUAUUGCCGCUCUCGCGGUCGGCAAAUGCGAGUGCAGGGAAUCACUGUUAUUUACCCCCAUCCUAAGGUUAUGAUUGGGAGAAAAGAGCUGUAUGCCUAAAUUGUUUAACCUGUAGCCAAGGCUUUGUAGCCUAUGGUAAAUCAUGUCUGGCAUUGGUUACAAUCUGCCACAAUAGCAAUGUGCCAGCUAUAUGAGGGGAUAGUAGGCUUAGUUGGAAAAGGCUAUCUUAAUGUGCACAUGAUGGAAGUUACAAGUCAAUUAUUAAUUAUUUCAUGGAAAGAAAUGCACUGACGAAUAUGUGACAAAACUGACUUGGACUAAAACUAGACAAAAACUGUUCAGAGUUUAAGUCGACUGAUAUUAACUAAAACUAAGAAGGAUGAAAUGACUAAAAUGUGACUUAGACUAAAAUGUAUCUAAAAUAGCUGCCAAAAUUAACACAGUUCUGUACCUUAGUAUGGUCUGCCAAACUGCCACCAGCUUGUUGAAAUAUAUAUACACUGCUCAAAAAAAUAAAGGGAACACUAAAAUAACACAUCCUAGAUCUGAAUGAAUGAAAUAAUCUUAUUAAAUACUUUUUUCUUUACAUAGUUGAAUGUGCUGACAACAAAAUCACACAAAAAUUAUCAAUGGAAAUCAAAUGUAUCAACCCAUGGAGGUCUGGAUUUGGAGUCACCCUCAAAAUGUAAAGUGGAAAACCACACUACAGGCUGAUCCAACUUUGAUGUAAUGUCCUUAAAACAAGUCAAAAUGAGGCUCAGUAGUGUGUGUGGCCUCCACGUGCCUGUAUGACCUCCCUACAACGCCUGGGCAUGCUCCUGAUGAGGUGGCGGAUGGUCUCCUGGGGGAUCUCCUCCCAGACCUGGACUAAAGCAUCCGCCAACUCCUGGACAGUCUGUGGUGCAACGUGGCGUUGGUUGAUGGAGCGAGACAUGAUGUCCCAGAUGUGCUCAAUUGGAUUCAGGUCUGGGGAACGGGCGGGCCAGUCCAUAGCAUCAAUGCCUUCCUCUUGCAGGAACUGCUGACACACUCCAGCCACAUGAGGUCUAGCAUUGUCUUGCAUUAGGAGGAACCCAGGGCCAACCGCACCAGCAUAUGGUCUCACAAGGGGUCUGAGGAUCUCAUCUCGGUACCUAAUGGCAGUCAGGCUACCUCUGGCGAGCACAUGGAGGGCUGUGCGGCCCCUCAAAGAAAUGCCACCCCACACCAUGACUGACCCACCGCCAAACCGGUCAUGCUGGAGGAUGUUGCAGGCAGCAGAACGUUCUCCACGGCGUCUCCAGACUCUGUCACGUCUGUCACAUGUGCUCAGUGUGAACCUGCUUUCAUCUGUGAAGAGCACAGGGCGCCAGUGGCGAAUUUGCCAAUCUUGGUGUUCUCUGGCAAAUGCCAAACGUCCUGCACGGUGUUGGGCUGUAGCACAACCCCCACCUGUGGACGUCGGGCCCUCAUACCACCCUCAUGGAGUCUGUUUCUGACCAUUUGAGCAGACACAUGCACAUUUGUGGCCUGCUGGAGGUCAUUUUGCAGGGCUCUGGCAGUGCUCCUCCUGCUCCUCCUUGCACAAAGGCGGAGGUAGCAGUCCUGCUGCUGGGUUGUUGCCCUCCUACGGCCUCCUCCACGUCUCCUGAUGUACUGGCCUGUCUCCUGGUAGCGCCUCCAUGCUCUGGACACUACGCUGACAGACACAGCAAACCUUCUUGCCACAGCUCGCAUUGAUGUGCCAUCCUGGAUAAGCUGCACUACCUGAGCCACUUGUGUGGGUUGUAGACUCCGUCUCAAAAGUGACCAAAACAUCAGCCAGGAAGCAUAGGAACUGAGAAGUGGUCUGUGGUCACCACCUGCAAAACCAGUCCUUUAUUGGGGGUGUCUUGCUAAUUGCCCAUAAUUUCCACCUGUUGUCUAUUCCAUUUGUACAACAGCAUGUGAAAUGUAUUGUCAAUCAGUGUUGCUUCCUAAGUGGACAGUUUGAUUUCACAGAAGUGUGAUUGACUUGGAGUUACAUUGUGUUGUUUAAGUGUUCCCUUAAUUUUUUGAGCAGUGUAUUUUUAAACAGGCAAGGAAGAAAAAUUAUUAUGUUCUUUCUUGCAGGUAUUUUUCUUAAAUGUUUUUAUUGUCUUUGAUCUUCUUUUGUGGCUUAGGAGAGUAGGGAGUAGGGAUGUUGCAAAGUAAAGUGGAGAGUUAGUCAUUAUGUCUCUCUAUUUCUCUCUCUCUGUCUCGCUCUCUUGCUUUGUUUCUCUCUCUAUUUCUCUGUGUGUACGUGCGUGUGUGUCUGUCUGAUCUUUAGAUCCCACGGCGGGUGAAGGUGGUGGAGGGAGACUCUCUGUAUUUUAAAUUGGUCAGUCCAGUGGAUGUAUGUAGCAAAGUGGCCCCAGGGUUGGCGUCCACAUUCAGGGUCCUCUUUAUACCUCAGGAGAACAAGGUACUGUCAACACAAAAAUUAUAUAUUUUUUCAUGGCAACACACUUAACAAACAACUGGAACACUGUAAAGUUGCAAUAAACUAUUACGUUUUAUUUUAAUGCUAUGGAUCAAAGCAAACAAGUGUUUCCAACUUUAUUCCAACUUUAUUCAAUCUAUUGAUGCUCAUGAAAUUUCCUCUUUCUGAUUUAAAACGAAAAACAUCUUUCUUAUGUUCUGAACAUUACUGAAAGAAAUGUAGGCCUAGUUAUGAAACCAAUCUCAUUCAUUACCCUUGGUCUGAAUGAAAGAUUUCAAUGCUUCAGGUUUUCGUCUUCAGUAAUGACAACACGGUGAAACAUCAAUAUCAAAGCUCAUAUUCCUUGUUAAUGCGCCUCUGCACUGUAAUUCUAUCAGAGAGUGUGCUUUGAUGAGCAUGGGCAUGAGAGGGAAUGUUUCCACCACCGCCUACUCUCAUUCCAUUAGCUGCCAUUCUCCAGGCUCUAAUAUGGCCAGGUAAUCUGCUUUGCUCUGCUUGCACAUUAAUACAGAGUGCAGUUGUUAGAGAGAUUCAGGGCCCUUGGCAACAUAAUCAGGCCUGGAGCCAACUCAUCUGUAUGGAGACAAUAGGGAGAGAUGAGGACUGUUUGGAUGACAGACUCCCGAAAAAACAACAUACUUCUUCUAAAUGUCAUGACAAGAUGUGAACAAUUGGAGCAGCAGUGAACCUUUGGUUAUGCAUGUGUUAUAGUUCCAAGACAUUGUUGAUCAGGACAUGUCCUUCAUGCACCACAUGAGACAGCAUCCAAUAAGAAACUGAUCAAAGUUUAAUCUGAAAUCUACCGCUGUGCUGUCCUUGUGAACUUCAUAAAGUAAGCUCUCCUCCCCUCUCUCCCAGGACUACAUCCACAGGCUCAUCUGUGUGACAGAGAGGGAGAGGUUUGAGGUUCCUAUCCGGGCGAUCGGGGCGCGGGCCAUCCUAGACUUCCCUGACCACCUGCACUUCUCUCUGUGCCCUGUGAAGUGUUCCUCACAGAAGACCCUGCUGGUGCGCAACAUUGGCAACUGUGAGGCCAAGUUCCAGCUAAGCACACACAGGUGAGAGAUGAUCUAUGGUAGGAGUCUGUUCUAGUCUCUAGUCUGUUCUAGCCCAAGUACUCCAUGCUAAACCAACCAUUUCUACCUGUCCAUGCCUUUGUUCUGCCAAGCCCUUUUUCAGUGGAGCCCCCUCUUGGAACUAUUGGUGUUGGAGAGAGCAUGCAGGUGACAGUAGACUUCCUCCCCAAGACUGCAGGAGACCACAGCCAGGACCUGCUGCUUCACUACCAUACA